AUGGGGUUCGUCCUGCUGUAUGGACCUGUGGAUGUCCAAAUUAGGUCAAUUGAGGUGGUCCGAGGGGGGACGAACACUGCUUCAAGUGAUCCGGCAUGCUCUGAGGAGGAGUGGUCAGAUGGGAACAUUGACAUGCAGACAUGCAAUAGACAUAGGUCGACUUUGGUGGUCCUAGGGGGGACAAACACCACUUCAAGGGUCCAGCAUGCCAUGAUGGGGAGUGGUCAGACAGGAUCAUUGGACAGUCAGGCAAAGAUGGGUGUCCCAGUCAAUGUGGACAGGGGCUUUGGUUCUGGAACAGUGUUCUUCAGUAACAGGUCAAUUGCAAUUGAGCUAGGGGGGAUGAACACCACGUCAAGCAGCCCAGCAUGCUCCAAGGGGGAGUGGUCAGAUGGGAACAUCAGAAUGUUAUAA